AGUUCAUCUUCCACCACCGUCUGGGCGACUCCCCACGACAGCUACUCGUCCUCCGUCGGCGUUCUAGGUUGCAAGGUCAACACAAACCGAGUUGCUUACUGGCCCGACUCGGUUGAUUGCAACAACAUUUGCGUCUCUUUGCAGUACGGAGACCGCCAAGUCUAUCUCCUCCGCGUCGACCAAUCGCAGGGCGCGCACGACAUCAGCUACGAUGCCUGGAACUACCUCUACACGGGCUAUUCCGCAACGCAGAAGCCCUUUGCAGGAGGACCCGUCGCGAUGACGACGCAAAACGUGGAUCCCUCCAAUUGCGCGAGCCUGAUCCACACAAAGGGCAGCAAGCUCCCUCUCAGCGCGGCAAACAGCAUGAAUUUCCUGGCCAGCUGUCUUGAGCAGGAGAACUCGUGGGUGGGCAGCAACUAUGUCCUGUACAACAUCCUCGACUCCAUCUGCACUCUUGGACAAGACCAGACUUGCACGCUGGACUGGCCCAAUGCCAACCAGCCAACCUGCCCCGGCACCCUGGGCCUGCCCGAUGCCCUCAAGACAGACCCCGUAUACAACAUCCAGUAUCCUUCUGGAGACAAAGUUCUCGCU